CAUUCAAGGGCGUGCGCUCUCCGUGGCAGCUAUAGCCCCGCCUCCAACACAGAGCAGGCUGCACCCCCCACCUCCCAGGCUUCCCUACAUCGACACAGGUAAUGUGUUGACUCCAUCACUGCGGGGACGGUGGGCAGUGCCACUGCCUGGCAGCUGGGGAUGGAGUGGCCAACCCAGCCUCACUCGGCCUGUGUAACCCAUUGUCUCUAAAGAGCAGCUGGCUGCAGAAGCCACCAAGGUCUCAGGCCAGCUGUGGGCUCUUUGCUGAGGUGAAGGGGUAACCAUGGAAGAGGCUUGAAAAGUCAGUAAGGACCAAAAAUGACUGCGAAGUGAUUAGAUGACCCGGGGCCUUCCACGGUGGCCAUGACACAGGAGACCGUCUUCCCCGGGGGAUGGGCCAAGGACUCAGCUACUCCCCUGACCAUAAAUGGCUUGGCCAGCAUUCUCUUGGAGCCACCUCUUGCUCUGUCACCCUUGCUCUCCCAGCUGGAUGGUCCUACAAAUGCAAGACACACGCCAACAACACAAGCAAGAAAGGAGCUUGCCAAGGGCAGUGUUCAGAGAAGGCUCCUGGGAGGCUGUCGGAAAUGAGUUUUUCACUGAACUUCACGCUCCCCGCCAACACAACGUCCUCCCCAGUUGUUACCGGUGGAAAAGGAGCGGACUGUGGGCCCUCUCUGGGAUUAGCAGCAGGCAUCCCAUCCCUGGUGGCCACAGCCCUGCUGGUGGCCUUACUGUUGAUUCUGAUUCACCGCAGAAGAAGAAGCAGCGAAUCCACCGAGGAAAUCGAGAGGCCUUGUGAAAUUUCAGAAAUCUAUGACAAUCCCAGGGUAUCUGAGAAUCCUAGGAGGUCACCCACACAUGAGAAGAACAUAAUGGGAGCAGAAGAAGCCCACAUAUACGUGAAGACGGUAUCAGGCAGCCAGGAGCCCAUGCGUGACACGUACCGUCCUGCCGUGGAAAUGGAGAGAAGGAGGGGACUUUGGUGGCUUAUUCCCAGACUGAGCCUGGAGUGAUGCAGCCCAGCCAAGGAGCAGAUCCGGGGCUGGAACAGAGCUAAACACACAGGCCUUUGCACUUGGAGUGAGGAGAGACGCCAAGCUGCUUCUUAACCAGUCCAAAUUUCAUUUGCAGAUCUGGAAAAGUUUCAAGUUGAUUUUUCUCUUUAGGGGACUGAUCUGAUAAAGUGCAUUCUGACUCUCAGAUCUUGGGGUUCAGUGCAAUGAAUUCAUUGUGCUUCCAAAGGGAGCCCUCGGAUCCUGUCCUUGAGCCCAGUGGGAACUUGCUUUUCUUGGUGACUGGGCGAAAGGGGUUUGAUUUCUCGGUGACUGGCCUCCUGAUCUUUUUUCACAUCCAUUUUCUCAAAAGAGCCAUCAGACCUGGCUGCCAUGGGAGGGUGGCCAAGGCUAGCAUGGUGCAAGCUGGGCUGGGCUAUAAAGGGGAUGUGUGAGGAGAAGCAGUUCCUUAUCUUUGAACCACUCGGGGCAGAAAUCACAAGGAGCCACAUGUUCCCCAAUCACAGGGGCAGCACGUGGCUGCGCAUUCACCACUCCCACUUGUGAUCGGGGGUAUCCAAGGAAGGCAGUUCUGCAGUGGGCUCUGUGUGUGUGUGCUGAAGAUAAACAGUGUGGAGGGAAGGCAGAGGUUAUUUCAAAAGGUCAUUAGCAAUGAGGACUAUACCCAUUUUUGUGGGAGUGGAGAGAAAGGCUCAAGUCCUGGGACGGUCAUGGGGAGAAACUCACUAGGAGGAAGCGAGAUCAAGAGGCUCUGAGUGGCUGAGGGCCAAAGGGAUGGGCCCUGUGACUGUCCUUGUGUCACAUUGUGACUGUCAGUAGCAUUGAAGCAUUGUGAUUGUCAUCUGAGGGGAGCUGGUGCACAGAGGCAGCUGGUCUGGAGAUGCCUUUGCCAUCACUUCUGUGAGGAGGCUAAUGGGAGUCCCCCUGUGCAGGCCCAUCGUCCUCCUGAUGAGAGAGCCCGGGUCCAGGGCAUCCUGGGGUUCACCCACCAGCUCCCUGGGCCACCUUGAUAAGCUGUGGAAACAAUCCUCAGGGCCCCUGGUUGCUCAGAAACACACCUCCUCUUCUUCAAAUAGCCAAGGAGAGGUUCUACAAACCCACUCACUGCCACGUACCAGCAUGCGCCCUUCAAAGCUCCUUGUGACAUUCAGUUUUGCGCUAAGUCCACUAGAUCUCGUCACCUAACAAGCAGAUUUUAAGCAGACGUGCCCAGUGACCCGGAUACUUGUGCUUAUCUUACAUGUUGGGGAGGACUUUGGAUUUGCUGAGAACAUGACGGUGGCCUUGGCUUUGAGGCUCAGGUGUGAGUUCUGGGGCAGAUCAAGAGUCUGAGCUCUGUAUGUGCAGAAUGGAGAGCGCUGUUUUCGUCCUCCUACCCUUAGGGCUGUUGUGAGUCCCAACAGAAAUACGCGCAGGUGAUGAUAAGUCUUGUGGUCUAUAGAAUAAGGUGUGACUUGUAUUUUUGGACCAUUUAUUUUAAUUCUACUUACAGGCCAUUGCUUAGUAUCUUUAUUUGAAAUGGUUUCUACUAAACUAGCAAGGUUCAGUAUUUCUGUCACUUUUUUUUCCUGCUCUGAUGCACAGAAACUUAUUUUGGAAUAAAGUAGAAAGUAAAAUGGCCAUUCUUGUGGACCUA